UGAUUAGUUAACAAGAAAAAAAAAACACAGCGUUCUGGUAACGUUAAACCCUUCUCGCAGUUGCUCGUUCAUCUUUACUUAAAAUGAAUUCCGUAGCAGCAAGACUCGCCAAGCAUCUGCGACUCUCUUCUCACGCUGCUGUGCCGAGAAGCGCGGCGGUAUGGUACUCAACUUUGAUAUCUGAAACCGAUGUUGAUCAGCCUUCAGCAAAUAAGGAAGAAUUAGAUGGUGAGUUUGAUGAUUUUCUUGGUGGUAGACCUGAUUUACAGCUGCAAGGUGUUGAUCCUAGAAGAGGUUGGGGAUUUCGGGGUGUGCACAAGGCUAUUAUUUGUGGAAAAGUUGGCCAAGCUCCUGUACAGAAGAUAUUAAGAAAUGGGAAGAACGUAACCAUCUUUACAGUUGGGACAGGGGGGAUGUAUGACCAAAGAAUUAUAGGAUCGAAGGAUUUGCCAAAACCUGCUCAGUGGCAUCGCAUUGCUGUGCAUAAUGAUGUUCUAGGAGCUUAUGCAGUACAACAACUUUUUAAAAAUUCUUCAGUGUAUGUUGAGGGUGAAAUUGAGACUAGAGUUUACAAUGAUAGUAUUAAUGGUGAAGUUAAAAGCAUUCCAGAGAUAUGCGUUCGCCGUGAUGGGAAACUCCGCCUAAUCAAAAGUGGAGAGAGCGUUGAUAAAAUUUCUUUAGACGAAUUGCGAGAGGGAUUGUUUUAGAAGAAAUCGACACAUUUAAUGGAGAAAUGGAGGCAUCUACAUUUGUAAGAAUUGGAGAAAUAGAAACAUCUGCAUCUGUAAUAAAAACAUAUUUGUAGUGACUAGCAGCAUUUGUAAUGAACACCAAGAUAAUUAUCCUUUAGCUUUC